AUGACCUUUAACAAUUUGGCUUUUGACAGUAAACCUGUUUACGUGAAUGAUUCCUUGCAUUGGCUCAGAAGUGAUGGUCGUGUUCUUGCUUUUAAUACAAAGAGAGAAGAGGCUACCAUUCUUGACCUUCCCGAGUUCAUCAAUCAUCAUAAUCUCAUCUUCGACAUCAGGCUUGGUACAUGGUUAGGGAUAUCAAAAGGUUUACUUACCCUUUUUUGCAUUUUCCAGGAAUCCAUAGUCAUUGCUGCUUAUGAUUACAUAAGCAGCAAUUGGAGAUUUACUCACACUUCGGACAAUGUCAUUACUGGUCAUGUGAACGGCUAUAUUGAUGGUUUUCCAAUCUGGUUUGACAGCAAACAAGUGCUUUUCCUACAAGGUAGUCGUCGGUUGAUACGACAUCAGUAUUUGUACGAGUAUGAUUCUGUGACCAAUGGGUAUAAAAAAGCUCAAGUUUUAAAUAAAGACUAUAUGAUCAAGGACUACCUCUGCUCCUUCGAACCAACUCUAGCCAGUGUCCACACGACAUUUUUAGAUACAGUCCGUGAUAAACAUCGGCCAGCUAUUAUUGCAACGUUAGAUGAGCCCCAACGAUUUAUUACUGAAGGUAUUAGAUAG